GAACAGUAUCAAAAAGUUUAGGAUCAAAAGGAAUGAUUAUAUCAAAAAUGGGAUUUACUAAAACAGCAAUAGAAGAAGUAAAAGGAAGAAAGGAAAACGAUAUUAUUUUAAUAAAUGGAGAAUCAGAAAUAGAAGAAAAAUUCGAAGAAUUAUCAGGAGUAAAGAUAGAAAGGAAAAGGAGACAUAGAACAAUAAGUAUGGAAAUUGCAGAAGAAAUGAUAAUUAAUAAUCAAGAAAUACAAAUUAAAAAACCAAGAGGAAUAGAAAUAGAAGAAGAAGAAUCAAACAAUUACCACGUAAGAAUAGAAAUUAAAGGAAAAGAAUUUCUUGGACUAUUAGAUACUGGAGCAUCAAAAAAUGCGAUAAAAGAAAGUAUAGCGAAAAGAUUAAAAUUAAGAAUAGAACCAACAAAUAUGAAAUUUGGAACAGUAGGAAAAACAGAUGCAGAUGUAAAAGGAAAAACAAUGGUAAAUAUAAAAAUAGGAAAAGAAAAACUAAAAACAGAACAAGAAUUUUACGUCAUAGGAAGUUUAGGAAUGUCAGACAUAAUUAUUGGAAGACCAUUUUUAAAGAAUUUAGGACCAAUAUAUAUCGAUAAUGAAGAAUCAAAAAUAAUUAGGAAAGAGAAAGAUGGAAAUGUUGGAGAAACAUUAAUAACGAUGCACAAUACUCCAGAAAAAGAGAAAAUAGAAGUUUUCGAAUUAAUUGAAGAAUUAACAGAAGAAAUGGCACAAGAAGUUGAUGAUAUAAAUGAAGAAGAAACAAUAGAAUAUAUGCAACAAGCAGUAAGUUUUUUAGGAAAGAAUAUAGCAGGAUAUCUUUUAGAACAAGUAGAUAGGAAAUUUAAUAUAUCACAAGGAAUUACGAAGAAAAUGUCGUAUGCAAUAAGAAAAUACCUAAUAGUAACAGCAAAGAAAUUUAUUGGCACAAAAUUAAAAGAAGUAUUAGCCAAUUACGUAGUAGAUAAUACAUUAAAUAUGAUAGAAAAGAUUGCAAUACCAGAUCAA